AUGAAGAGAUCUUCGAUUUUAAAACAGCUUACGAAGCUAAAGGGCACACGCGUUGAUGAAGGCUGGCAAGCAGCAGUUCGAAGCGCUACCGUUCCCGGCCCCAUCGGCAUCGCCCAAAAAGAAGAGUACGCUCGACUCUCGCCUCACAUGGCGGCGACGAUGCGAAUUUUCUUCGACAUCGAGAACUCCCUCGGCAACUACAUCGCCGACGUCGACGGUAACGUCUUCCUCGACGCCUUCUCGCAAAUCUCCUCGGCGACUCUUGGCUACAACCAUCCAGCAGUCCUGGCAGCGUGCGAAUCGAACGAAAUGAAGAAUUUCAUGGCGAAUCGGCCGGCCAUGGGCUAUUUUCCUCACUCAAAAUUCCCACAGCAGUUGGAGCAAACUCUUAUGCGCUGUGCUCCACCUGGAAUGGAUGGAGUUACGACGAUGAUGUGCGGAUCUUGCUCGAAUGAAAAUGCUUUCAAGACUGUUUUCAAGGCUUGGAUGAAUCGAGAGCGAGGAACAGACGAAGUCAGCGAUGCCGAGUGCAACGCUGCUAAUUUCAACAAAGGAGAGGGCAAUAAGCUGUCAAUAAUGUCAUUUACCGGCGCUUUCCACGGGCGAACCUUUGGCUGCGCCUCCUGCACGAAUACGAGGGGCAGAAUCAAGGUCGAUAUUCCACUUUUGGACUUUCCGAUCGUCGAUCAUCCCCAACUGCGCUAUCCUCUCGACCAGCACGCGGCUGAAAACGAAGCAGAAGAAAGCCGCUGCUUGGAGCAGGUUAGACACGUGAUCAAGGAGCGAGCAAAGGCGGGAAAACCUGUCGCGGGAAUGAUUAUUGAGCCGAUUCAAGCGGAAGGAGGCGAUAGAACGGCUUCAGAUUCAUUUUACAGGCGGCUGAGGAACAUUUGCUUGGAAGAAAAUGUGUAUUUCAUCGUCGACGAAGUCCAAACCGGCGCCGGAGUGAGCGGAAAAUGGUGGGCGCACGAACACUGGGGCCUCGAAACACCCCCGGAUGUGGUCACUUUUGCCAAGAAAAUGCAAGCAGCGGGCUUUUACUACAGAAAGAGCUUGAACAGCAACUGGGGGCCGACGAUUUUCAACACUUUUGUUGGCGACCCGGCGCGAUUGGUCAUCCUUGAUUCGGUUUUAAACGUCAACGAAGCUGAAGACCUGACCGCCAAAGCCGCCGAUGUUGGGGACUACGUCAAGAGCGAAAUUCUAGCGCUUUCGGAGAAAUAUGGAGAUAUUGCAAAUGUGCGUGGACGGGGAACGCUUGUGGCUUGGGAUCAUCCGACAAUGGCGGCGAGAGACAAAGUCGUUGGAGAUGCGAUGAAAGAGGGUUUGUUGCUUGGAGGAUGUGGAAAUCAAUCGAUUCGGCUGAGACCAUCCCUGACUUUUGACAAAAGCCACGCCGACGAAUUCCUCCAUCUUUUCGAGAAAACUCUCGAGCAAUAA